AUGGAGGUGGUGUGUGACGGUGUGCCAUGCCGUGUGGAGGUGAGGGGAUACGUGAUUUCGUGCACACCCUUGGGGGGAGAUGGGGCCGCUCCAGCUUCUGUUUUUUCACGUUCUGAAAUCAACCAGCUGCUGCGUUCCCGGCGGGAUCAGGCAUCCGCGAAGGUUGUUGUUGGCUCCAAGAGCAUCACGAUGCGUUUUGUAGAUCCCCACGACCGGGAGCGGUUCAUUGACGAGUUGCAAAGCAUGGAGUCUGCUGGGGGAGACGGUGGGCAGUGGGUGGCAUCCACCAUCUGCCAGACGGCUGUGGAUUUGGGCCUGCUUGACGAGGCGGCGUUGGAUGCACUGAUCAAGGAGGAGUUUCCACGCGGUGUUGUGGUGGCCUUUGACGCCAUUGGCUCGCUUUUCGACCCGAAGACAUUCAAACUCCGCCCCAUAACGGACCAGUUGGAAAGCGACAUUUUUCGCCAGUUGCCGGUCCUUGCGAAAAUAUUUGAGCGCAGGGUAACGGAUGAGGAGACAAGGCAACGCUUUUGGGAGGCGGUGGUGCGAAAGUACUUCUGCUUCUCACGCACCUUUCUGGAGGAAGAAAUACGGGAGCUGGAGCCGGAGGAGACGGCGGCGCCUGUUCCUGCUGGAGGAGAAGAGAUGGGUCUAUCGAGCAUCAAUGUCAUGUCAGGCAGGGCCCUUCCCAAAGUGAGGUCGUCCGUUCUGCACGAACUGGGCCCCGCAGAGGCGUCGCAGGCGGUGGGGCCGCACUUCCACGCACGUCUUUUUUGUGGGCAGCCGAUAACAUCACGCCGAGUUGGGAAGAGCCGACGAUGUGAUGUGCACCCCCCGCAUGCCUUUAAGGAGGUUUCCCGACCACCAUCUGUUUCUUGGGUGAUGCCAAAAGAGAGCACCAACCGAGAAACCCUUGAGCUACUCAGAAGGUUUUGGCGCAGCAACGUGAGCCAAAAGAAGGCGUUGCGGUCCAAAUUGGAUAAUGUUAACAAUAACAGCGGUAGUUUCUUGCAGCGUCAGUGUAUUCUGCGGGCGAGGGAGUUUAUUAGGGAGUUGGGUCCUGAGGAAGGCUGCUGA